GUCAACGGAGCGGCGCUCACGGAGAAGGACAUCAAUCCGCUCGGCUGCUCCGCUUCGUCAGAAAGGAGCGCACGGUUUUGACUUCGCUAACGGCCCUCGGUCUGCGCGGAUGGAGGCGAUUGAUCUGGUCGCACAUCCUUCCGGGAGCAGCAGCGAAAGCGCCGCCGCCGUUAUGACAAUCUCUUCGAUGCCAGCGACCGCCCCGAGGGAGGCGAGGUGAUUGUGUGGUGGAAUGACCUUGAGAAGGACAGCCGGUAUGCGGGGUGGUCGGCGAACAUCCAGACUUAGCUUCUCCGCCCGCUGUAUCCUGGCCAGUUCCACCAGAUCAAACUGAACAUGUUCAACAUCGUGCUCGUGCUGGAUCUGUCGUCGCCGGCCAGUCUCAACAUGAUCACGGGCGCGGUGGCCAACGUCGUCAGCCGCAGCUUCCCUCUGCGGUUCGGCAUCGUGCCCAUCACCGAGACAGAGGACGGCAAGAAGAUGGCAAGUUGUUCUACCAUGGUGUGAAGAACUAUGGCCGGAAGCGGACGAUGAGUUUCCUGACCUCGGUCAUGAAUUCGAUCACGGACGGCAAGCUCGAUUGGGAUGCGAUCAAAUUUGCGUUUUCGACCGAGCUGCUGCUCAAUGAUCCCCAGGAUGCCGAGGCAGCGAAGCCUGUGGACUUUGAUGCCGUUCUCGCAGAGGACAGCCCUGAAACGAUGGUGGUGGCCAAAGGGCGCAGCUAUGCCGAGCGGCUUGGCGCAACACUCGCUGCUUCAAGCAAGGGACACAGUUUCGUCAAUGGGAAGCACCUCGACGUGGAUGAAGGAUUCUGGCGAGGGAUGCAGAUGGAGAUAGCACCCCAGACCCAGCACUUGCAGGAGGAGCUUUACAACGGCAAGAUCACGGAGGAAACCGCCCAGCACAUCUCGACGAUAUUCAACCUCCCCGACACGUUCAGACGCACAGGGUUCAAGGUCCUGCCUGGAUCUUUUGUUUAUCCUGCCGAGACGGAAAUGCUCCCGCUGACCGUCUAUGUCGUCGCGGAUCUGGACAGCGAAGGUGGACUGGAUUUGGUCAAGGAGGCACUGCAGUCGUUCGACGAGAACUCCAAGAUGCGACUCUCCUUCAUCCACAAUCCGAGUACAAUCGAGCUGGAUUCUUCGGUCAGGCCGCCAAAGUCCUGGCUCCUUUCGCAUCUCGUCGUGAAAAAUUUGCUGUCCAAGGCAACCCCAGCCAAGCUUCUGCAGGCAUUGGAGCCCGGCUUGGUGAUUCAGAGCGACGGAACUCAGACUGCCGAUGAACUCACCAGCGGAGCUGACUUCUCCUGGGACGAGUAUGUCCGGUCGGUGAAUGGGGGACGUUUAGUUCUGCGAGAGCUUGAGCUUGCUCCAGGCCAACAGAUCGUAAUCGUGAACGGCCGUAUUGUUGGGCCUAUUGCUCCCAAGGACUUCUCCGCGGCCGAUUUCAGAGCAUUGGAGACAUUCGAGCUGCGGAAACGAGCUGAGCCAGUGAUCGUGGCUUUGGAGACCAUCAAGCCUGAUCUCAGAGAACUGGAUCGUGCGACCUCGGCUGCACUGAUAUCUGCCUGUGUGUCCAUCGUCGCCGCAUUGGAGGCACCAGAACCCGGAGGCGGAGGGAUCUUCGACCCUCCUAAACGUCCGAGACAACGCAGCUAUCAGCUGCUGGAUGACCGAUACUCGACUUUCCAGUUCGGUGACAACGCAACAGCGUUGUACCAGAUUGCUGUGCUGGUAGAUCCCAUCAGCGAGACUGCCCAAAAAUGGGCCGGUCUACUCGAGUGGCUUGCGCACAUCCCGGAUGUAUACAUCAAAGUGUACACUAAUCCUUCGAUCAAUGAAGAGAUCCCCCUCAAACGAUUCUACCGAUAUGCUCUGUUGCCUUCGCUCGUAUUCGAUUCGGACGGUGUCCAAAUGCCAACGGAGGCAGUCUUCUCAGAGCUCCCCGUUGAGCCGAUCUACACCUUAGCGAUGGACGUGCCUCCCUCCUGGCUUGUUCGGCCCCGGGAAGCCCUGUACGACCUGGACAACAUCCAGCUCGGCAGCGUAUCGGAACCCAGCGUCGAUGCCGACUUUGCGCUCGACUAUCUCGUGGUCGAAGGCCAUGCGCGUGAUUCGGUGACAGGCGCUCCGCCACGCGGGGUGCAGCUGCAGCUGCUAAACGCCGACUCCUCGCCUGUGGACGACACACAAGUGGUCGCGAACCUGGGCUACCUGCAGUUCAAAGCGAAGCCGGGUGUUUUCCGGCUCGAGAUCCGCGAGCAAGGCCGGGGUCGAGAGAUCUUCUUCAUGGAAAGCGUCGGAAAUGAAGGACUGGACAGCCGAGCUGUGUCCGAGGCGGGGGACGAGAUUGCGGUGACCAGCUUCGAAGGGACGACGAUCUAUCCGAGACUGCAGAGGUAUCCGGGCAAGGAACGCGAGGACGUGCUGGAUGAACCCAGUAACGAGGGAGACCGGUCGGGUUCCAUCUUCGGCGGGCUGUUCAAGUCGAUCUUCUCAUCCAAGGAGGUCGUGCCUGUGACCAAACAGGCUGACAUCAACAUCUUUACGGUAGCCUCCGGGCUGCUAUACGAGCGUUUUGUGUCGAUCAUGAUCCUCAGUGUGCUGCGCAACACCAAGAGCACCGUUAAGUUCUGGUUUAUCGAAAACUUCUUGUCGCCGUCGUUCCUGGAAUUCAUUCCACAUAUGGCGGAAGCGUACAACUUCCAGUAUGAGCUUGUGACUUACAAGUGGCCGUCCUGGCUUCGUGCGCAGAAAGAGAAACAACGGAUCAUCUGGGCAUACAAGAUCCUGUUCCUCGACGUGCUUUUCCCGAUGGACCUCAAGAAGGUCAUCUUCGUUGAUGCCGAUCAAAUUGUGCGCGCGGACCUGAAAGAGCUCGUUGACUUGGAUCUGCACGGGGCCCCUUACGGAUACACGCCCAUGGGUGAUGACAACACCGACAUGGAGGGUUUCCGGUUCUGGAAGACAGGAUACUGGAAGGAUUUCCUGCAGGGGAUGCCGUACCACAUCAGUGCGCUCUACGUCAUUGAUCUUGUCCGCUUCCGGCAGCUCGCCGCUGGUGACAUGCUUCGGGGGUCGUACCAGCAGCUGUCUGCUGACCCGGGCUCGCUGGCUAAUCUGGAUCAAGAUCUUCCCAACAACCUUCAGCGGGAGGUUCCGAUAUUCUCGUUGCCUGAAGAUUGGCUCUGGUGCGAGACGUGGUGCAGCAAAGACAGACUGCACCGUGCCAAGACGAUCGAUCUCUGCCAGAAUCCGCUGACUAAAGAACCGAAACUUGUCCGUGCGCGCCAGAUCCCAGAAUGGGAAGUAUACGACUCGGAGAUCGCCCGUUUCGCAAGCAAGCUGGCAGAGGAAGGUGUCAUCCGGUCUCGUAUUGUGGCGGCGGAUGCGAAUGCCUUGGCUGGCUCGGGCAAGACGUCUGGUGCAGAUGCAGACACUAAAGUGGUCGCCGAAGAAGCCGAGGCACCUAGAGACGAGCUGUGAUUCUAUCGAUGCAAAGGCGGCUUCUCUGCACUAUACUUGACGGCGUUGUAAUUCAGGGCAGCCUUGUGGAGAUCUUGAAAAAGGGAUAGAAUGAAAGUUUCCCAAUUUCUCACUGGGCCGCUUGAAUACUGGCUCGCCCACUCAAAUAAAUGUGAA